GUAGCGCUUCGCUUUGGUUUCUGUGAAAAUGUAUUGUGAUUAGUGUGAAGUUCUCCAAAAAUAAACUUGUGAAGGGAAAUUCGAUUCAAACAGAUUCAAAUUAUACGUCAAUUCGAACAGAUGCAAUGAUAACGAAAUGCUUGUAGAUAAUUUAUUUUUGUAUGAGUAGCUGAAUGAUUGUAUAAGACCACCAUGGCACACUCCUGUUAUUACUGCCCAUUAUGCUGCAACAUGCAAUUUACCUCAAAAGAGGAUCUCGUAGUUCAUCUGAGCGAAAUAUCUUCGAAUAUAAAGUGCCCUAUUUGCACUAAGACAUUUUCCAAUUUCAGUCUUAUCAUGAAACAUUUAAAAGUUGAUAUGUGUGAAAUCAAUUUUAAAGAUUCAAAUAGGACUCUAGUAUCUACUUUAGCCAUAAGUGAUAAUAUGGAAACUAUUACAAACCCCAAUUUAAAUCAAACAUCAGUUGAAAGCAUCUCCAGUAAUGACUCAUUUAGUCAGUCGUUAGUAAAUCACGAUGGUACUGGGGUGUCGGAGGACUAUGUAGACAUGAUAAGCACUCAGCUGGAAAAACCCUGUAUUCAAGAUCAAGAUUUGAAAUUCAUAAAAGAGGAAGCAGAUGGCCAAUACCUAAUUUUGCCAGACGGUGCCCUUCUAGACGCAGGCAGUGUUGUUACCAAACAAAACAAAGAUGGCACUAUCUCCUUAAACAGUAUUAAUGAUGACAAUAAUUUUGAACAUGAAACAGAAUUUGUUGCAUUGAAUAGUGAAGCAGAGGCCAAGGAAGAAAUUUAUUCAUGCAAUACUUGUGGAGUAUCUUUUACAUCUGUCUCCGAUCAUAUACAAAACUACCACACUGAUCAAGUUGUUGUGGUUGAAAGUAAUGACGAAGCUCCAAAUGAUAAUGGCAUGUCAGAGAUUUCCUUAGACAUGGAGUCUUCAUCCCAAAAUGAUCAGUCUGAAGACAGGCAGACCUCACGGAGAAUGAUCACUGAAACUGGAGACAUAGUGGAGGAACCACUAGAUAAAGAACAGCCUCAACUAGUGGCAGGCCAAAAUGUUGUUCUCGUAAAAGAUGUUAACAUGAUUAAUAAACUAGACGAAAAACUAAAGUUAGAUAUUGAGAAAGAAAACAAAAAGAAAAAAUCAAAAGUAAAGGAGGAUGCUGGUAUAGGUUUAUACUACCACAAAUCUGUGGUCAUGAAGGACAUGGAGACAGAAACCGGCAACUCUAUCCAAGUGUACAACUGUACGCAUUGUCAUCUGUAUGUCACAACUCUGACACAGUUUCAACAGUAUCCCUGUAAAAAAUCCGAGUACCCGUGCUCUCAAUGUAGUGUAGUGUAUAAGAAUGCCAAAUCUUUGUCGGCCCAUAUGAAGAAACACAAAGUCAAAAUUCCUACUAUGCCUACAUUUUCGGAAAAAACAAAGGUUACAACAGAAUUUUCAGACAGACUUUCGGACAACCUUGAGUGUGAGAUAUGCUCGACGACUUUCACCACAACCAAGUCUUUUAAACUUCACAAGAGGAUGCACGAUCCUAUAAAGUCCCGUCCAAUAGAAGCACCUUUUGUGACACAAUACGGAACCACUCCGAGCGAUGAGAAGUAUCUAUGUGUGGUGUGUGAUAAGAUGAUACCGCUCGACUAUAGAACUAUACACGAGAACUCGCACAAGGUUGACAAUACAUACAUAUGUGAUGUCUGCAACAAACAGUUCGAGUCGCGAGACUAUCUGGAUAUGCAUAUGACUGUACAUAAUACUGAAAAGGUAACCAUCGGUAGUCAAGACAAAUCUCUGCCCUACAAAUGUUUGUACUGCACGAGAAAGUUCGCUCGCCCACAUGAAAAGGUCAAACACGAGAGGAUACAUACAGGCGAGAAGCCACAUUCGUGCGAGAUCUGCGGCAAGUCUUUCCGAGUAUCGUAUUGCCUUACGCUGCACAUGCGCACACACACCGGCGCGCGACCCUACGCCUGCCCGCACUGUAAUAAGAGGUUCAAAGCUCACAGCGUGUUCAACCAUCAUCUGCUGACUCACUCGGAAGUUCGCGCGUACAAGUGUCCGUACUGCCCCAAGGCGUUCAAGACGUCUGUCCAACUCGCUGGACACAAGAACUCACACACCAAGCCCUUUGCGUGCCAGCAGUGUAAUAGGCCGUUCGCGUCGCUGUACGCGGUGCGCGUGCACAUGGAGUCGCACGCCAAACAGAACAGCCUGAAGUUCGCGUGCGCGCUUUGCGGUGCCAGCUACGCGCGCGCCUUCGCCCUCAACGACCACGUGCGACAGGCGCAUAACAGCGAGCAGUUAGACGUUAAGGACAGUGAAUGGACAAUUAUAGAGGAGAGUAUAGACCCGACUCAAGAAUUAGCAGGUCUGAACACAGACCGUGAAGAUCAGAGAGCCGUAUUUGCAAUACAAUGAAGUGACUAAAAUGUUAAAUGUAUAUAAAGAAUACAGGGCAUUAUUUGAUAUUUCGCAAAUAUUGUAUAGAUUGUCUCAU